AUGGCCGACGAACAACUCAGGGCGGAGGAGCUGCAACAGAGCGUCAUGAUGUCGGAACACCAGGCUGAGGCCAGUACCGCUGACGGGGACGUCGCAAUGGUCAACGCAGUCACUAUCACAUCCGAGAUCUCCCAGAUCAACGCACGAACCGAGCCCAGCGAGGCCGACGAAGACCAGGAGAUGCACGAUGCGCAAGAAGAGAACGACCCCCACGACGAGGAAAUGGGCGAAGGCGACGACGCCGACGAACACUCGAACGAAGGCAGCCACGACGGUCAUGACCACGACGACCACGAAGACUCGGGUGAUGAACAUGACGAAGAGGAGGAACACGACGACGAAGACCACGAGGGGUUCGAUGAGGAUGCCGAAGGAGACGACGGCGAUUCUGUCCAUUCCGAGGAACAUACAUCGCAACAUCACCUGCCUAGCGUGGAGGAAGACCAUGACGAUGAUGGAGACGACGACGACGACGACGACGACGAGGGUGUGGGGGCCGUCAAAAUAAAGCCGGGUGAAACUGAUCAUAGCGAUAGCGAAAGUGAAGACGAAGAUAACCAUUCGUCAGCAAGUUCGGCGAGCGUCAGUGAUGCGGAAUCGGACGACGAGACACACUGGCAAGAUGCGACUGAGCACGAACCUGCUGGAGACGAGGACGAGGACGAUGAGGGUUCCGAAAAGGAGGAUAGUGGGCUUUGCAUGUUCUGUAAACAAGACGAAGACCACGACCCGGCAGAGGAAUUCGAAGAGUAUCUUGCAUGUUCUGGGUGUGGGGAAAACGCCCACCAGCAGUGUGCAAGGGAAGCCAAUGCGUUGGCCGGCGAUCAAGCACCCGAUACCUGGAAAUGCCCAAACUGCGCCAGUGAAGGGUCACAAACCGCCGCGGGGGAGAAUCACGAGCCGACACAAGUGAAUGGGACGGAAACCACUAGCCACCCCACCACACGCCGGGCCUCAGCACCAAAACUGGCCCGGGACCUUCUGCCUCCCCAAAAAAACACAAACCCAGAUUCGCACUCCGUCUUCAACCAACUGGUGCUGGAUGAAGAUCCUAUGGAUGGGUCUCGCGUACUUAGGAAACGUAAGACGUCUUCAGUAGAACCCACCGAGCACGUAAUAAGCCUUAGGAAGCGACGCCGGAACACCGUGGGCACCGAAGAAGAAGCCAACGACAGCACAGCCGGCCAGCAGGACGAACAAGCUAGGCCGACAUCGGCCCGGUCACUGCGAAUUAAGAUAUCCAAUCCCACGGCCCCGUCAUUGGUCAGCAUCGUCAAGAAGACACGAAGCAGCAUCUUGCUGCGCAUGCAUCUAGACCCCACAAAACUGCAGGAGAUAACAUCGCAACCGCCCAAGGGGAACAGCAAGCGAUCAAGUCGGUCUGCUCGAUCAGGUCGAUCCGGCCGUUGGGGACGUUCUGGGCGUAAGACAUCAGGAAGGUCAGGCCGGUCGCGCAGGACGGCCGCAGCAACAGAUGCAAUGGAACCUUCCACGGCACCGUUUGCUAGCACAAGCUACACCCAACCAUUUUAUUCUUUCUACGACAAGGAGACAGAUGAGCUCAAAGGAAAACCCUACGGCGGCAUCCUCACUGACGCCGAGGCGGAUACGUCCAAGACACUACCCCAGCCUGAGGAUCGUCGGCGAUUUGACGAAGCGAAGCAAAUGGCCGAGGAGGAAUGGCGACAACGACUACUGAAGAUGCAAUCAGAGGUCGAAGCACCAGUCAAGAGGUCUAAGAAGACCGCCGGUCCAGCCAGUCAAAUCGAGUGCAUCGAGUUCGGCGGCUGGGAGAUCGACACAUGGUAUGCGGCACCAUAUCCCGAGGAAUACAGCAGGAACCGGGUCCUGUAUAUCUGCGAGUUUUGUUUGAAGUACAUGAACUCCGACUAUGUGGCGUGGAGGCAUAAGCUCAAGUGCCCCGCCAAACACCCACCAGGCGACGAGAUCUACCGCCACGGCUCAAUAUCCGUCUUCGAGGUCGACGGCCGCAAAAAUCCGGUCUAUUGCCAGAACCUCUGCUUGCUGGCCAAGCUCUUCUUGGGGUCCAAGACCCUCUACUACGACGUGGAACCAUUCCUGUUCUACGUCCUCUGCGAGUAUGACCAGUACGGGUACCAUUUUGUCGGCUACUUUUCCAAGGAGAAGCGUGCCAGCAGCCAGAACAACGUGUCCUGUAUUCUUACACUGCCUAUCCACCAGCGAAAAGGAUACGGCAACCUCCUAAUCGACUUCUCCUACCUCCUCACACGAGUAGAGCAGAAGACUGGCUCGCCAGAAAAGCCACUGUCCGACAUGGGUCUGGUUUCUUACCGAAACUACUGGAGGCUCGUGAUGUGCAAGUACCUCCUUGCGCAUUGCUCCGAUGAUCCCAAGGAGAGGAAAGGCUUGAGCAUCAGAAAGAUCUCCGACGACACUGGUCUCACGCCGGACGACGUCAUCUCAUCACUGGAGGGCUUGAGAUGUUUGGUUCGCGAUCCCCAAACCCAGAUCUAUGCCUUCCGCGUAGAUCUGCCCUUUUGCAAGGAGUAUGUUGCGAAGUGGGAGGCGAAGAAUUACGUUCAGCUGGAACCAAAAGCUCUAACAUGGACUCCCUACGUUAUGGGCAGGAGCAAUGCAACAAAUUUUGAGCUUGGGCCAGCAUUGAACGCGAUCGCCCCAAGGGAGGACGAGGAGGCCAAGCCGACGGUUGAAGAGGGAACCGUUCUCAACGGCGAUGCUUCUCAACCGGAUGGUCUGGCGACCCAAGUCCAGAAGAUGGAGAUCGACACUUUGGCUCCAACGAUUCUCGAGUCAACCGAGCCCGACGAGCUCGGCAUCAUCCAGCCCGAAGUCAUCUCCCCGCGUUCCGUCCUCAAGACCAACGGCCUCUUCCCCAACGGCUCCGUCCACGGCUCUGUCCACCCCAACGACGACCACGACCGGAAAGCUAAGACCGAACCGGACGCGGACGGCGAGAACAAGGAGAACCCGGACGAUUGGAUGGCCCAAUACGAGGGCAUCCCGCCCACGCGCUUUGAGGUCGUCCCACCACUCAACACUUCCCGACGCGGAGCCGGCGGCGACCGCAUCCGCACCACCGUUCCUCGCCCACCAGCCGUUCGCACCGGCAGCGCCGCCCGGCCACGAAACCCUCGUCGUACAAGCGGUGUACGCCGCGUUUCCUCCGCCGCCAAGCCGCGUAGCAGUAGUAGCAGCAAGCGUAAAGCGGGCGGCACCGGUCGCGGCCCCGGCAGAUGGCCCAAGGGUACAAAGAAGAGUGACUACGGUAACGCCGAGAGUGGUCCUGGUUUUCCGCCUGGAUGGUUGGAAAAGCAGAAAUCGCUUGGGCCAUCAUCGACGCCGAAGAAGGAGGGUGAGGAGGGGAUGAUGAAGGACACCGUGCACGUCACGCCUAAUGCAGAGAUCGCCACCGGUUCUAGCUCCGCUGGUAAUGGAAGUGGGAGUGGAAGCCGUAACGGUAGUGCCAGCUCUUCUGGCGUGAACGGAAACGGGAACGGCGAGGACGCCGGAAGCGCCGAUAAUCGCAACAGCAGUAUUAAUGGAGGUGGAGACGACCAAGCAGAUAUUACCAUGAAAGAUGACAACAAUUAG